GCCUCCUCUGUCACUGCGGCGGGACGGGCCCGGGCCCGGGCAGAGGACGCUCUCCGCGCAGAGCCGCCUCGGAGCGCCGGGCGAGCGGAAGAGAACGGCACCGCUCCCGAGCCGGGAGCGCCCUUGGGCUCGGCCGCCUGACGGAGCUAUGACAUGGUGCACUAUGGCCACUCGAACCAGCUGCGCCAGGCUCGGGCCAUGGGCGAUUACCUGAUCGUUGGGGUCCACACGGACGAGGAGAUUGCCAAGCACAAGGGUCCCCCUGUCUUUACACAGGAGGAGAGGUACAAAAUGGUGCAGGCCAUCAAGUGGGUGGAUGAGAUUGCUCCUGGGGCUCCUUAUGUCACCACACUGGAAACCCUGGACAAGUACAGCUGUGACUUCUGCGUGCAUGGGGAUGAUAUCACCUUAACUAUCGAUGGCAAGGACACCUAUGAGGAAGUAAAGACAGCAGGGAGAUACAGGGAAUGCAAACGCACUCAAGGCGUGUCCACCACUGACCUUGUUGGCCGCAUGCUGCUCAUGACUAAGGCUCACCACAGCAACAUAGAUGAGGACCUAGACUAUCGGAAGCACACUGACAACUUUGGGAAGGGACCUAAAGGUCACAGUCCCUGGACUGGUGUCUCGCAGUUCCUGCAGACAUCCCAGAAGAUCAUCCAGUUUGCGUCGGGGAAGGAGCCACAGCCGGGAGACACCAUCAUCUACGUGGCUGGAGCCUUCGACCUGUUCCAUGUUGGUCAUGUGGAUUUCCUGGAGAAGGUUCACCAGCUGGCAGAGAAACCCUAUAUCAUUGCUGGGCUGCAUUUUGAUCAGGAGGUGAAUCGCUACAAAGGGAAGAAUUACCCCAUCAUGAACAUCCAUGAGCGAACCCUUAGUGUCCUGGCCUGCAGGUAUGUCUCAGAGGUGGUGAUUGGAGCUCCCUACGCUGUCACUGCUGAUCUGUUGGAUCACUUCAGGGUAACACUUGUUUGUCAUGGGAUGACUGAGGUGGUGCCAGAUAAGGAUGGUUCUGAUCCAUAUGAGGAACCAAAGCAGCGAGGCAUUUUCCAGCUGGUGGACAGUGGCAGCAAUCUCACCACAGAUCUAAUUGUGCAAAGAAUCAUCAAGAACAGGCUGGAGUUUGAAGCUCGCAACCAGAAGAAAGAAGCGAAGGAGUUGGCUGUGCUGGAGGCCAUGAGAAGGUUGGAGGAGCAGAAACAUUAGGCUGCAGAGCAUGGAUGUGUGAGCCACAGAGUGCUGUAACUUCACCCUCUGGGAGAGCAACUGCUCUUCAGGAAAGAACCCCUGAAGGGGGGCAGCACUGCUGGCACCCAGGAUGUGCUGUCCUAGCUCCUCCUGCACUAAUUAUGCAGACAUAACGAGUUGGGAUUCUGCUGCCUAGUUUUAUCUCCAUUAAUCAGUCCCCAUCCCUUUUCCCAGGAGGAGAUUUGAAAAAAAACAAAAGGUUUUAAUUAUAACUAAUGUUUUAACAUGUUGAUGUGCUUUUACCUUCUGCCAUUUCUGGCUCUUAGUAGGAGGGAAGUGUAGGAGCUGCCCAUGCCCCCUUGCACUGCCAGACUUGGCUGUCCUGGCUGGGUCUGUAUUCCAGAGCAGCCCCUUGGGCAGUGGUGUGGGUGGCUGGACAGACAGUGACAGCAGCCUUGGGGACAAGAUGGGGCUCAUGUGGUUCCUCCUACAGUUUUUGCUUAGGAACAAGGGGCUGGCUGCCAGAGGUGGUGCUGGGCUCUGGUGUUCACUGUGCUGCCUCUCCUCAGAUCCUGGCCCUGUACAGACCCAGAGCUACUCUGGGUUGAGCUGGAUGAAGGCAAAUUCUUUGCUGCCCCAGUGACAGGCUGCAGGUGGCAGCUGCAUGAAAGGGCAGGUGGUGCUGGGAUGCUGGUUCAAGGCAUUUCUCCACCCGAGGCAGGGAUCCUGGGGCCUUUUCCCAAAGGCUCUUGCAUUUGCAAGGCAGCAGGACCCAGUGCCUUUUGUGGAGUGUGCUCAGAGCCCCACCUGCUGCUGCUGCCAGAGCCCACCUAGUGCCCAAUGGCUUACCUGAGGGCAGGACCCGGCCAGGUGAAGUUUUAGGGUUGUUUUCUGAUGGCUGACAUGCAGCAUGCCUGUCUCUAAAGGGAGGUGCAAGGCUGGGUGAACGGGUCCUGAGCUCUAAGCCCCAUUUGCCUCUUACAUUCCAGGAUACUGUGGUGGGUAUCCUGAGCAGCUCACUGCACUGUGCCAGAUGGUCCUUCCAGGCUGUGUCUGGUGUCCUCUCUCUUGUAAAUUUUUGUUGCUGAUCAUUAAUAAAAUGUUGAAGAGUUGUG